UCGUUAAUGCAGAAAGAAUGUGUAGAUGUGUGCGGAAAGAAAUAAAAUAGAUAAUUGACGACAACAAUGUUGUGGUACCAGUACAGCCAACUUAGAAAAAAUACAUUUAACCCGAACGAAAAGCAGACUGUACAAUUGAACAAAUGAAAUUACGUGCAAUAACGGAAAAUCAUCAAAGAUUAAUUCUUACCUUUCGGUUUUUCAAACAUUGUCGGCAGUGUCAAUAAAUGGCUGGACAUCACAUAAAACGUCCUCAUUAUGGAGUUUAAACGUAAACAGUUUGUUUGUGUUAAGUUAUCUUUACCCUCGUGACAUCCAUACCCACCAUAAUUAUUAAUGUGAAAGAAUUUCACAUCCACCCAGGUAGUUCUUUUUUGCCCUUUCCUACCUCUCGUAGCAGUGUAUUAUGCCCCUCCUCCUCCUCAGGUUAAGUAGUCAAACCAGUAGAUGGCGGUAAUUCAAGUAAAGGAAUUGAAAGCCACCAAACAACUGAGAAGUAGAAAAAUAAGCUGUAUAGAUGUGGGCAGGCUAGCCGGUUAGCUGUCUGUGCCACAUUUACCUUUUUUGCUGUAGACAUAAAUUUACAAAGCCGUCUGCCAUUUUGCAAACGUCGGUUUAUUUAGCCCGCAAUGCCGGUUCACUCCCGGGAAAAGAAAGAAAGUAACCACGAAGAAAUGGAGGUUGAUUUUCCCGAGCAGGACGGCAGCAGCACAGACGAAGAUGACACCGUUAGCUCCACCGUGUCCGAAGAUGGAGACAGUUCUGAGAUGGAUGAUGAAGAUUGUGAGAGAAGAAGGAUGGAAUGUCUGGAUGAGAUGACCACGCUGGAGAAACAGUUUACUGACCUGAAGGAGCAGUUGUACAAGGAACGUUUAAGCCAGGUAGACAUCAAGCUACAGGAAGUGAUGGCUGGCUGUGCCCAGGAGUACCUGGAACCUUUAGCCAACCUGCAGGAGAACAUGCAGAUUCGGACUAAAGUUGCUGGCAUUUAUAGGGAGCUUUGUUUGGAAUCAGUGAAGAAUAAGUACGAGUGUGAAAUACAAGCAGCUUGUCAACAUUGGGAGAGUGAGAAGUUGCUUCUGUUUGAUACCGUGCAGAGUGAACUAGAGGAGAAGAUAAGGAGAUUGGAAGAAGACAGACACAGUAUCGACAUCACCUCAGAGUUGUGGAACGACGGACUGCACUCGAGGAAGAACAAGAAAAAAGACCCGUUCUGCCCAGUUAAGAAGAAGAAGCCCGUUGUUGUGUCUGGACCUUAUAUUGUUUACAUGUUGCAAGAUCUGGACAUCCUUGAAGACUGGACAGCGAUAAGGAAGGCGAUGGCAUCUCUGGGGCCACACAGAGUGAAGGUGGAUGUACCGACAGUCAAGUCUGACAGGCAUCACCACGUCGCACGCUCCGAGGAUGGUCGCCUUUUCUACGACAACCAGUGGUACUGCAGGGGGCAGGGCAUCUGCAUCAACAGGAAGGACGAAUACCCAACAAGUGCCAUUAUCACCACCAUUAACAACGACGAGGUGUGGUUCAAACGUUUGGACGGAACUAAGUCGAAGUUGUACAUCUCCCAGUUGCAGAAAGGAAAAUACACCAUCAAGCACUCGUAAACAAACACGUACCGAACUUGCCCCGCUUUUCCUCUGCUUCUUUUCAUACCCGCUUGCCAUAUGUUUCGAUUUGUAUGUGCACCGGAAGACGGAGGACAUUUGUCUUUGGGAAGGUGGUCUUCUCUGUUGUUGUGUAUAUGUACAGUGUGUUGAUAAAAUUGACAAGGCCACGAAGUGUUAUUCCCUCUUGAACGGUGAUGAAUGAAAGCUGCUGCUGAGGAAGAAGACAAAGGAAGAAAAAAUAAACAGAUUUGAACUGCGAAACUCAGUCUUCUGCCUUUUGGAGUCAAGAUGGUGCCUAGGCUGACAAAUCAAAAAAAAAAGGGGGGGGGGGGGGUGACUCCGAACCAAUAAGGCUAUGACGCUUUAUUGUGUAAUGUGUUGGCACCAGAAGGACUAAAGCGGGUCAUUGAGCAAGUGAUUGAAAAAAAAUCCAGAUCGUGGCGAGGAUGCUGUGAAACUUGAAUUUUGUGCUCCACAGAGCCGACUAAAUCUGUAUUUAGAGUGCAAAUGUUUAAAGAAAAACAAACUAUAUGCUGUAUAGUCAUAGCAAAGACAUCAUGAAAUGAGAAAAAAAUCACUGACAUCAACUACUUUUCCCCCAAAAUCUUGGGGAACCACUGUAAUUAAUUCCUUUGUAUUGUAAUGUUUCAGUGUAGUUUUACAGUAUGACGGUUACACUCGGCAACAGCAACAACUGCUGGAAGAGAGAUUUACAUACAGAUGUGUAUAAGUGUGUGUGUGUGUGUGGCGCGAUUGGUCCACUGCGAUCCUCCCUCUUUGUUUCCUUCUCUUGUUGCCAUUACCGCGGCGGUGCCUAGAAUUAAUUUGUACCUGACCGAGGUCGUUGUCUUCUGGGAAGUUAACAUCACGUCAAGGCCCAAAUGAAUUUGUGCAAUUUGAUAUACAGUACAGUACUUCCUUUAAGGCAGGAUCCUGAAAGGUGAAGUGAACAGGUUUGGGUGUGGUCAGAAUGAAGCAGCAUCAGAUCUGUAGGUAACAGUGACACUUUUCAUAGCUCUGUCUCUCUCUCUCCAUUGUGAGAGAGUGUGAAUGCAGUGUACAGUGAAUGGUUUGUCUAUUAAAGAAUGUUACUUCUUCCUU